CGGCUUCACGACUCACAUCCGACCCGCCGGCAAAUUCGGGAGUCAGCGUAGCCGCAUGUCAUGGCCUGCAGUGUUGCUAAAGCAGCUCCUGCUAAUGGCUUCCCAAUGAAGGCUCAGCUGCAGAUCAUGGUGAUUUCUGCCAAACUCAAGGAAAACAAGAAGAACUGGUUCGGUCCGAGUCCGUAUGUGGAGGUGUGUGUGGAUGGCCAGUCGAAGAAGACGGAGAAAUGCAACAACACACACUCGCCCAAGUGGAAGCAGUCGUUCGCAGUGAUCGUGACUCCAUUCAGCAAGCUGAUCUUCCGUGUUUGGAGCCACCAGACGCUCAAAUCAGACCUUCUGCUGGGCGUGGCCACACUCGACAUCAGCGAGACGCUCAAGUCACAUGACAUGAAAAUCUGUGAGGUGGUGCAGACGCUACAACUGUGCGACAGGGAUCAGUCUGACAGCAUCGGGGAUCUGUCCGUGUGUCUGGACGGCCUGCAGGUGGAUCCUGAAAUGUUCCAGUCAGCUGAGGCCAGCAACCAGAAUACUUUAAAUGGGGAAUCUGAGCUCAAUGAAGACUCGGGCCGAAGCAGAGAUCCAUCUCCUUCAGUGUCAGAGGGUCAGGAUCGUCCGGCGGCUCCUAACGGGCGAGUGAAUGGCUUGGAUUCUCCUUCAGUUUCUGCCAGAAGCUCUCGAGCUCAGAGACCUCCGCGGCCCUCGCGCCCUCCUCCACCCACCCCUCGCAGACCCACAUCUUCUCCAGCUUCCUCUACCGGCUCAUUUCCAGACGGCAGCGAUUCGUCUCGUUCAGACACUCCAGUUCGGAAUCCCACAGGGGGAGGAGCCUCUGAUUCUAGCCCCGCCCCCACAGUGGAGCAGCCUGGUAGGACAGCCCUUAGUGUAGGCCCCACCCCCAGCAGGAUCCCCAGCAUGGUGAACGCUGGACCGCUGCCACCCGGUUGGGAGCAGCGUGUGGAUCAGAAUGGCCGUCUGUACUUUGUUGAUCAUGUGGAGAAGAGGACGACAUGGGAGAGACCAGAGCCACUGCCGUCAGGCUGGGAGCGGCGCGUGGACCCGAUGGGUCGGGUGUAUUUCGUGGAUCACAUCACCAGAACUACCACAUGGCAGCGGCCCACCAUGGAGACGGUGCGCAACUAUGAGCAGUGGCAGCACCAGCGCAGUCAGCUGCAGGGGGCAAUGCAGCAGUUCAACCAGAGGUUCAUCAUCGGGCUCCAGGAUCAGGCUUCAGCCACCCAGAAUAAGGAGUUUGAUCCGCUGGGUCCACUGCCGCACGGCUGGGAGAAGAGAACAGACUCCAAUGGCAGAGUUUAUUUUGUUCAUCACCCGACCAGAUCCACACAGUGGGAGGAUCCGCGAACUCAAGGUCUGCUUAAUGAGAAGCCUCUGCCUGAAGGAUGGGAGAUGAGGUUCACGGUCGAUGGCAUCCCUUACUUUGUAGAUCACAACCGCAGAACCACUACUUAUAUCGACCCGCGCACUGGAAAAUCCUCCCUUGAGAACGGUCCUCAGAUCACAUAUGUACGAGACUUCAAAGCCAAAGUUCAGUACUUCAGAUUCUGGUGUCAGCAAUUAUCGAUGCCGCAGCACAUAAAGAUCAACGUCAGCCGCAAAACUCUCUUUGAGGACUCCUUCCAGCAGAUCAUGAGUUUUAGCGCUCAGGAUCUGCGGCGCAGGCUCUGGAUCAUCUUUCCUGGAGAAGAAGGACUGGAUUAUGGAGGAGUGGCCAGAGAGUGGUUUUUCCUGCUGUCCCACGAGGUCCUGAACCCGAUGUACUGCCUGUUUGAAUACGCCGGGAAAGACAACUACUGUCUGCAGAUAAACCCCGCCUCCUAUAUCAACCCCGACCACCUCAAAUACUUCAAGUUCAUUGGUCGCUUCAUCGCCAUGGCUUUGUUUCAUGGGAAGUUCAUCGACACAGGCUUUUCUCUGCCGUUCUACAAGCGCAUCCUGAACAAGCCGCUGACUCUCAAAGACCUGGAGUCCAUCGACCCGGAGUUUUACAACUCGCUCAUCUGGAUCAAGGAUAAUAACAUCGAGGAGUGCGGCCUGGAGAUGUUUUUCUCGGUGGAUAAGGAGAUUCUGGGUGAAGUGUCGACUCACGAGCUGAAGCCGGACGGAGGAAACAUUCAGGUCACCGAGGAGAAUAAGGAGGAGUAUAUUAGGCUGGUGGCAGAGUGGCGUCUGUCUCGCGGUGUGGAGGAACAAACUCAAGCUUUCUUUGAGGGAUUCAACGAGGUUCUUCCACAGCAGUACCUGCAGUAUUUCGAUGCCAAAGAACUGGAGGUGAUGUUGUGUGGGAUGCAGGAAAUCGACCUGAACGACUGGCAGAGGAACACCAUUUACAGACAUUACACCUCCUCCAGUAAACAGAUCAUGUGGUUCUGGCAGUUCAUUAAGGAGAUGGACAAUGAAAAGCGUAUGAGACUCCUGCAGUUCGUCACAGGCACCUGCCGUCUGCCUGUCGGAGGAUUCGCAGACCUCAUGGGGAGCAAUGGACCACAGAAGUUCUGCAUCGAGAAGGUCGGCAAAGAGAACUGGCUUCCUCGGAGCCACACAGCCAUCGAGGAGACCGAGGGCUUCGGUCAGGAGUGAUGCUCCAGCACAGGU